AUGACUUCACCUAUUGCUUGGUCUACGUCCGGAAUCGAUACAACUACUAGACAGCUCUUGAUACGCAAACGGAGCUACGUCGACGCGGCAGCAUCAACCCUAGUCCUGAUGAACACUCCAUCAUCCAAGCUCAUCGUCCCGGUACCCAACAAGUAUCUACGCGUCCUCCACAUGGUCAGCUACGAAUGUGAGGUCCUCAAGCAUGCCUUGACAAUUCUGGAGAAGGACCCGAAAGUCGACAAUGAACCUGGCGUUACGUUCCUGUAUCGCCAUUUGAAGUAUCUCGAUGACGUCCGGUCGGCGUUUGUAAAGCAAGCAAAAGCGACGAGUGUGGGUGACCCAUCCUGGCGUUGUCCGACAUUAGAUUAUCAUCUGUGGUUACAAGUGACUGUGGAACGAUUUGACGAGGAAGCGCGCAAGGAGUUGCUCAAAAUGCAUACGGUGGAUUUCACGUAUGUUACGAUCAACUGGGAGCAAUGGAAAGAGGAUCAGGCUGCGUCGACCUUUGAUUCCACCGGCGUGAACGUCGAUUACAUGGGCCCGGAUCCCAUUACAGCGCCACCUGAUGUUGCAGUCAAAAUCUCCGAAUUUAUCAUCCAGAAAGCGGAGACAAGUUUUACUUCAAGCAAUAAGGACGGAGAGGCUGCUCCACAAAAAAGCGCUCAGUCAGGUCUAACCGUCGCUAGCAACACCGCGAGCAGCACGAAACGGAAGGGUAAGGCUAGAGCGGACCCAGAUUCUGGCAACCUGAACGCUUAUUCCGGUCGAUGGAAUACUAUGAUGUCGGGCUUAAUGUCCAACAUCCGUUCCCAUCUUCAAGACAAAUGUGGCAUUGACAUCGACGACUAUCGGGAUGCUGAGGCGAUCGAAAAUCUCAUUGAGACUCAGCCAGAAAAUGGUGACGUCGCCACGAAGAACGCGCUCUCUGUCCUUUUGGUUGCAGUACAGGGGUUAUCUGCUACACCCAAAGAUGACCAUCCUGUGUCUGGCUCAGUGGACAUGGUGGAUGUCAGUCUUAAUCAAGCAGUUGUAUCAGAAGGCAGGACAGGUCAGGCAAUGACGCGCGGCGCAUGGCGCACCGCUGACGCUGGCAUUACAGUAACAGAUGGAGUCGGCUCCAGCGGAGCAGCAGGCACGCACAAGCAUUCAAGGGCCAGUUCUGCCGAGACACAGUCUACGGAUGAUGAAACAAGUCCGUCUUCAAAACGGUCCCGGAGAUCUAAUUCCAUAUUCGAAGAUUCUUCAACUCAUUUCGGUCAGAAUAUUGCGGCUCAGGAGUUAAUCGCUACCGGAGAACAUCACCCAACGCUUGAGCAAAUGAACACUGAUGACGUCCAACUUGCGUUUGACUCAGUGACCAUGGAGGAGAUCCAUCCUGCUCAGCUAUCUGAUCUGGAGGGCUGGGCUGGCCAGUCAACGACAUUGGAUCCGGAGGGCUGGGAUAGCCAGUCAAUGGUACUGGAUCCGGUGGGCUGGGCUGGCCAGUCAACGAUGUUGAAUCCGGAGAGCGGGGCUGGACAAACAACGCAAUCCGUAGAUGACCGCGAGGCGUCAGCGGUGGAAUGGGAUAAGUGGAUAGUAUUUCCAGAAGAUAAGCAGAAAGGCGCCGUGGGCAGUAACAGAGGUCCUGUAAUUAGUAUCUACGUAUUACGCCAAAAAAGCAGUAAGAAUGGACCGCGGCGUGAUUCUACGGUGAAUUUGCGGCGACGCCCGCGCGGGAGGCGUGGGAAAGCCUGGUGA